CAACCGGAAGUGUUCGGGCCCUGGGCCGACGGACCCAGCAGAGCGGAAGUUACUCCGUGAGGCAGUGGCGACAGUGGCGGCGAGAGGAUGAACAACAAAUUCGACGCCUUGAAAGAUGAUGACAGUGGAGACCAUGAUCAGAAUGAAGAAAACAGCACACAGAAAGAUGGUGAGAAGGAAAAAACAGAACGAGACAAGAGUCAGAGCAGCAGCAAGAGGAAGGCUGUUGUCCCUGGACCGGCAGAACAUCCCUUGCAGUACAACUACACUUUCUGGUACUCCAGGAGAACCCCAGGCCGUCCCACCAGCUCACAGAGCUAUGAACAGAAUAUCAAGCAGAUCGGCACCUUUGCCUCUGUGGAGCAGUUCUGGAGGUUUUAUAGCCACAUGGUACGUCCUGGGGACCUGACAGGACACAGUGACUUCCAUCUCUUCAAAGAAGGAAUUAAACCCAUGUGGGAGGAUGAUGCAAAUAAAAAUGGUGGCAAGUGGAUCAUUCGGCUGCGGAAGGGCUUGGCCUCCCGGUGCUGGGAGAAUCUCAUCCUGGCCUUGCUGGGAGAACAGUUCAUGGUUGGGGAGGAGAUCUGUGGGGCUGUGGUCUCUGUCCGCUUCCAGGAGGACAUUAUUUCCAUAUGGAAUAAGACUGCCAGUGACCAAGCAACCACAGCCCGAAUCCGGGACACACUUCGGCGCGUGCUUAACCUACCUCCCAACACCAUUAUGGAAUACAAAACUCACACCGACAGCAUCAAGGCCUGGGAGGAGUUUCAUGGCCUAGUGAACAGCAGCGGCCGCUGAUCGGCGCUCCCCCUCUGUCUCACACUCAGGGGACAAUUCAAGUUUUCGAAAUACAAAGAUCACGUUGUGAAAGUACAUGAGCUGGCAAUAAUCCUUUUCUGUAUGUGUGUUUGUCCGGGAUGGAUGGGAGGCCUUCCGACAGCCCUUCCGCCUGCUCCCGGAAGGGACAUCCUGAGCCGCGCCCCUUUGCACUUGUUCCUGGAGGACUGCUGCAGCCGAUGCCCUCCCACCGCGGGCUUUGGAAAGCGAAAGGAGGAAGCCGUGACUUCGUGACAGUUUGCUGCCCACCUGCGUGCCCGAGCACAGCCAUGGGCGCGCGUGGAGCCGGCCAAGUUAUCAGUAUUACGGUGCCCGUGCAGCCGGGCCACACGCUGCUGCUGAGCCGAGGACCCAGGGCCUCUCUGGCUCCGCCGAGUGCUCCCUCCCCAGCCGCCACUCUGAAAAUGUUACUGGUGCGGUGGCUGCCUACACGCAGUGUUCUCCUGCCUCGCCUCAGCUUCCCUCCUACAGGCUCCACCUUCUCAGGCCCUGGCGCAUUUGGAACUGGAAUCGGUGGGAUGUGUGGUUUGCCUUGGUGAGGAGCCCGAGCAGAGCCAGCCUGUUGUGGAGCGAGGCUGUGACGCAGAUCCAGGGGUCGGAUGGGAGCCAUUGUCCCGUCCCGUGUGAUCUGGGCCUGUGUGCCAAGCCUUAGUGAAGAGAGAGGACAGCUGGUGCUUGCCAGCUGCUAACACUUAGCUUGUGAAUUCAGCUGGGACAGCUAGAAGGGGCUUGAUGGACGGCUGUGCCUGUCUCCCGUGGGCAGGAAACCCCGCCCUGACUCUCAUCUCUCGCCAUGUGUGCUGAUCGCUGGUGCCCAGAGACCCGGAAGGCUCCCGCCAGCAGGCUUGCAGAGACCAGUCCUUCAGAGAAGCUGGGGACUCUGGCCCCAGAAGUACUGAUUGGAAAGCACCUGGGUUCCAGAAAGUGAUGAGCAGCUGCCUCCAACAGCCUCCAGGUGGCGCCCACGAGCAGGACCGUGGGACCUUCCAUUGCGGUCUGUCGUUGGAAUAAACCUAGGUCGGUCGGUGGGAGUCUUUGCCCCUGGCGCCCGUGUGUGAUGGGAUCCUAAAGCAGCAGGCGUCCCUGCUGCAUGUGCUUCAGCCUCUGCCAGCUUCCCAGCUCCGGAACUGUUUGGGGCGCUUUUUUUGAAAGAAUCUUGAGUGGGAGGGAGGCGCUUCCGUCUCAGGGGAGCUCAGGCUGGAGAAGACAGCGCCUACUGGACCCCCAGAAGAGGAGCCUGCGCGGUGUGCAGACGGCUGUGGAGGAGGAACAGAAGCGGUGGUGACCGUGGGGUGUGAAUGGACCCCAGGAGGGCUUCACUUUUCUCUGGUCUCCAAUUGCUGGAAAAUUCCAAAGAGAGCAGACAUUUAGAUUUGCCUUCCUUUGGGCAUCUACCUGACUGGGUGUGUGUGCGUGUGUGUGUGUGUGUGUGUGUGUGUGUGUGUGUAUUCAGCACAUUUAUGAGUGAGGAUUUGUAGGGCCUAGUGGUUGGUUAGGUGUAGUGUCCAUAGUUUUUCCUUUUUUUUUCUACUGAGCUAUCUUCCUGGCUCAGUUUUUCUUUUUUCUUUUCUUUUCUUU